CCAACAUGGCGGACAGAGAAAGGCGACGACGUAGUCCUGUAAAAGCAACAAAACCAAAAUCUCAAUCAAGAUCGCGUUCCAGAUCACCCAUUCAACGCGUGCAAAUAAAAGCUGUCGAUAGAGAAAAGACGUGCCCGCUACUUUUGCGAGUUUUUUGGACCGACGGUAGACAUCAUAGACCUGAAGAAUUUUUUCGAACUGUACCAUCGAAUGAGCUGCAGAUUUACACAUGGAAAGAUGCGACUUUAAAAGAAUUGAUGACACUUAUAAAAGAAGUGAAUCCAGAUGCCAGAAAAAAAGGCACCGUCUUUGACUUUGCUACAGUAUUUCCAAAUCCCCGCCAACCGGGUUUUCUGUUGAAGGAGCUGGGGACAGUCACAUCCGGAAGAAAAACUCCAUCAGAUACAAUAACCUUGGAGUCGAAGAAAUUUCAAAUUGGUGACUACAUCGAUGUGGCAGUCCAAUAUCCAAGACCCAUCAGACGUUGACAUAUAUUUUCUACGAUUAAAGCAACGUAACUUGCUUCUUGACCCGUGUUCUUGUAUCUAGAAUAGUUCUUUCUUAACUUGUGCUUUGUAAUCUGUUUAUCUUUUGCUUGUUGCUGGGUCGAAAUGUAUGGAGCGAGCAAACUCGUUUUGAAUAACUUUGUUUUGCAAUGCAAUGGUUGGAAAAUAGAAUAUUUUAAUUUGCA